CGCUACCUCUGUGUGUGUGUGUGUGUGUGUGUGUGUGUGUGUGUGUGUGUGUGUGUGUGUGUGUGUGUGUGUGUGUGUGUGUGUGUGUGUGUGUGUGUGUGUGUGUGUGUGUGUGUGAGAGAGAGAGAGAGAGAGAGAGAGAGAGAGAAGCUCCUCUACCCGGUCCGGUUUCCGGUUUUCUGCAGUCUGAGUUAAUUCAUAUUUAGUUAUAAUUAUAAUCAGCCAUGAGUGAUUGUUUCUCUCUGGAAGACUGUGAUGUCAUCGGCUUUGAUCUGGAUCACACACUGUGCCGGUAUCAUUUGAAGGAGACCUGUAUACUAAUAUAUGAAAGUUUUGCUCGAUUUUUGGUGGAGCAUAAGGGCUAUGAUAAAGAUCUGCUGAAUGUGACUCCAGACACCUGGGACUUCUGUUUUAAAGGCCUGGUGGUGGAUUUAGAAGAGGGAAACCUGAUCAAACUAGCUGAGGAUGGAACAGUGCUACGAGCAACUCACGGAACACGGUCCCUGAGCACAGAGGAGAUGAUAAAGACCUACGGCCCAAAAAGACAAUGGAAACACUUUAACAGCCUCAACACUACGUUCACACGAUCUGCUAAAUACUACUUUUAUGAUAACUACUUUGACCUACCAGGAGCUCUGCUCUGUGCUCGGGUAGUGGACCUGAUGAAAAAGAAAGGAAAAGAAGUCACACCAGAAUUUUGGAAGGACAUGGUGGCUGCCAUUGAUCAUAACUACAAUACGUCUGCUUUCAGAGAGGACUCAGGGUGGUACUUCCCAAGUGUGAAGCGUGAUCCUGAGCGAUACUUAAAGUCAUGUCCUGAUUCUGUGUGUCAGUGGCUGAGGAACAUGAAAGACCGUGGGAAAGUUCUGUUGCUCAUCACCAGCUCACACUCUGACUACUGUAGACUCGUGUGUGAACAUAUCCUGGGGAAAGAUUUUGAGGAUCUUUUUGACGUGAUCAUCACCAAUGCACUGAAGCCAGGCUUCUUUUCUCUAAUACCACACCAGCGACCCUUCAGGACCCUAGUAAAUGAUGUGGAGAGUGGGACAGAGUUGUCCUGUCUGAAUAAGCGUGGUUGGUUCUCACAAGGAAACUGGCCACAUCUUUACGACCUGCUCAAAUCUCUAACAAGCAAACAACUGCCCAAGGUGGUGUAUUUUGGGGACAGUAUGCGCUGUGACAUGUUUCCAGCAUUCACUUUUGCGAAGUGGGAGACUAUUAUGAUACUGGAGGAGAUGGAGGGAGGUGUGGUCAAAGACUCCAGUCAAAGCUCUGCCUCCAAUAAAGGCCCUGCAGAGAAGAAAGGAAAGUUUGAGGAGGGUAUGAAGGCACCCUCAGCUGUGUCUCAGCAGUGGGGCUCAUAUUUUGUGGACGUACAGACAGAUGAAGCUGGACAGGAGCAGCACACAUUAACCUGGUGCUGCAGCUCCAUUCACAAAUACAGCAGUGUGGCUAUACCCAGUGUGGAGAGCAUAGCAGCUCUUCCUCUAAAUUUCCAGUUCAUGCGUUUCUCCAAAGCUCAGUCCUGCACAAGGGGUUAUUACCCCUCACCCCCCCACUCAUUACUGAAGAGGGCAGAAUCCUAAGCCAACCAGUGGAGUGUGUUUGUGUGUAUUUAGUGUUAAUGUCGAAUAUAAGUGUAUAAUUGUCAGUUUUCAUUUACAGAGCCUGUACCGUCAUAGUGUAGACACACUAAAUGCUAAAUGUGUGUGUUCUGUUAUUUUGUGAAAUGUGUUGUUCAUUACAUUAAAAUCAUUGUGUAUUAUAUUGUCAAAAGUGUUAAGUUUUGUGUUUAUUUUCUAACUGAAGGUGUGUGUGUGUGCGCGUGCACGUGUGUGUCAAGAAAAACAACCAAUGUGAAUUAUUGACUGUUGUAGUG